UCUCGACUCGAUUGAAUCCAGCGGCUCGACGACUUUCUUACCGUCUAUAAGUAGGGCCUUCGCGUCGUUUCCAAGCUCUGGAGAUAAGAGAGAGAGAGAGAGCGGGGAGAAAAUCAACGGUCGAGAUAGUAGAGAUGGACGCCUCGUGCAAGGAUGGAAGAGAGGAUGUCAUCCAAGCCUGGUACAUGGAUGACAGUGAUGAAGAUCAGAGACUUCCCCAUCAUUGCAAUCCCAAGGAGUUUAUUUCCUUCGACAAACUUGCAGAGCUGGGCGUGCUCAGUUGGAGUUUAAAUGCUGAUAACUACAAAACUGAUGAGGAGUUGAAGAAAAUCCGUGAAGACAGGGGCUACACCUAUAUGGACAUUAUUGAGGUGUGCCCAGAAAAGUUACCAAAUUAUGAGGCCAAGAUCAAAGACUUUUUUGAGGAGCAUCUUCACACUGAUGAAGAGAUCCGUUAUUGUUUAGAUGGAAGUGGAUAUUUUGACGUGAGAGACCAAAAUGACCGUUGGAUCCGUGUAGCAUUGAAGAAAGGGGGCAUGAUUGUUUUACCUGCUGGGAUUUAUCACCGUUUUACACUGGAUUCCGACAACUACAUCAAGGCGAUGCGGCUGUUUGUGGGUGAACCAGUCUGGACUCCGUAUAACCGUCCUCAUGAUCAUCUUCCUGCAAGGAAGGAAUAUAUUGAAGCUUUUGUGAAGAAGGAAGCCACUGGCCAUGCUGUCGAAGCUCAUUGACAGGUGUUGUUGGUAGAUGCAUUUCUGUUGUUGCUGCUUAGUCUCCCAAAACUGUUGUGGCUUUUAAUAAUUUCUCCAUAUCGUCCUUAUGUGGAAGCUAUGUAUGGGCUUUCUUAUUUGGAUGAGAUGAUGGCUUUUGAGGAUCAUGUUGUUAGUAUCAACUAAACCACGUUGAAUUCGUAUCUUUAUAUGCUUGCUCUAUUUUUCA